AUGCCGCAAACUUCGCGCUCUCAUAGGAGGAAGUCUACGACCUCAACAUCCACUGCAGGGACUGGCGCCUCUUCUGCGUCAUCUCGGAAACGAAAGAGGACAGCCUCGACAACUCCAGCGGGUCCACCGCCAAACAGCAGCAAGCGUAUAAAGACAGAAACGAGUGCUCCGACCGAGCCUAAGUUGGCGAAGUCGGUGGGCAAGGUGUCAGACUCAAUCUACGAUACCAUCAUCGACUUCAAGAUUGGCGAGAGUCUCACUAGCUUUGGCAUUCAUCGUGGACUUCUCUGGCGUACGUCGUCGUUCUUUAAAGAGAAGCUCUCUAGUAGCGAGACAACGGAGGGCGGCAUUACUGCCCGAAGUAUUGUCAUGAAGAACGAAGAUCCAGACGUCUUUCGCCGUUUUACAACUUGGCUCUAUUCCAAAACCAUCAUUUUAGAAUCAGAGAACUACAAGACUCUACCUUGGGAAGUCAUCAUCCAGACCUACUCUUUCGCCGAACGGACGAGAAUACCCGGUUUACAAAACACUUGCGUGGACACGGUUAUCAAGAAGAGAAGGGAUGGAGGACUAUUUCCCGCGCAAGGCCCGGUCAAUACUCUGUGGAGAUACCCUGGAAAGGUAUUCCGGCUUCGAAGACUCCUUCUCGACCUCUUUGCUACAGAAUGCAAUCUUUCGAACGCCCUCGCAAAUAAUGGCUCUUACCAUCCGAGAUUCUUGCAGGGAUUGGUGCUUACGCUUUAUGAAAUGAAGGGGAAGCGGACCAUGUACAAUCUGGUGGACUUCUGGCAGAAGAGGGUGAAUUACUACGUCGAUGACAACGAGAACCCAAUCCCCCUCGAUUGA